AUGUCAACAAUCGGCACAACAACACUUCAAACAACUACAGCACCAAACUCGUUAGUCAUGAAUCCUACGUCAAUGUUAGUAGAGAUGAAAAGCUUCAUUCCUUCUUCAUAUACUUUCGAAACAGAAAUCCAGAAGAUAAAGCAAGAACUUUUAACAUGUAAUUUAGACUGUAGUGCGAAAGAUGAAACAAAUGAACAGUAUCUUUAUGAAAUGCAGGACCUCAUCGACCAUUUACCCAAAUUGCCUGAAAUUCAGCAACAAAAACUAACCAUUCCUGAAUUUGACGAAAUUGAAGUCAAAGCAACUGACUCAGUAGAAAUAAAGAAGUUCAUUCGUAAGGUAAACUAUGAGUUUCUAGGAUUUCAUUGCAACCAUAAGGUUAUGGACAAAGAUUGCGACAUGGUAUAUAAGAAUGUUUCUGACAUAUAUAAAUCUGAAGAAUUUAAGACCUACGACAACUUUGUUUCGUUAGUUGCUGAAUGUGUAUGGCAGAUAAGAGAUAAAGAUAGAAGAGGGAAGGUAUGGAACAAACAGAUAAAACCAGC